AUGUAUCGGCGGCAAGACUUGGAUUCUUCAUUCUACACUUCCCUGACAAUUCUUUUCUCAGAAAAUCUCAACUUCCCCGCCAGUGACGACCUACCAUUUGCCGAUUUUUUAACCUCAGAUAUCAGUACUGACCACGACACGUCUGUUGAGGAGUUGGCUGCAAUUGCAAAGAAAUGUGUAACGGCUGAACUCUCGGCGUCUCAAAAAGAACAAAAGAGCGCGACUUCACAGUGGCAAAUUCAAAAAGAACAGGAAAGGGAUGGUCUCUACGAGCCACUGAUCGGGUUGAAAAGCGCCUGCUUAUUCCAAGGUUCGUGGGAAGCGGCAAGUCAGAGUAUGAGUGAAAUGGUCGAAGAGAACGCACGAUGCAAUGCCAAUAAAUCCAUUAAAACGCGAUUACGAAAGAAUGCUUUAUCACGGCCAGGCCCAAAAUCGCUAAAUUCCGUCAACGGCCAACAAAACUCACUAUAUCUCAACUCCUGCAAGUUCAAACCUUCUAAACAUCGAUCUAAAGCGCCGCGCGGCGUUAUGAGAUCCAAGUGGAUGCACACAGGUGGGGUGCGAGGGGGCACAAAGUACUGA